AUGACGAUUACUAAAUAUGGAGGCAUAUAUGAUUGUGUGGACUUCUACAAACAACCUGCUUUUGAUCAUCCACUAAUGAAAAAUCAUACCUUUCAUCCUCAGGUCAGGUUCCUGAUAGUCUAUCUCUUCCAUAUUUGCUUCUAUCAUAAAUCUGAUCGUCCUUUGUGUUUUAGUUUCAAUUCAAAAUGUUAUUCCAAUUUUUUUUUUUUUUUUUUUUUUUUUUGCUUGCUUCUUGUUGAAGUUCAGAUGAGACCUAGUUAUAGUCAAGAACGUAUAAAAGCAUCAUCAUCCAAUGAAAAAACUAUCAAAUGUCGUUUCCGAAAGCUACAAGGUGGUGGAUGUCCAACUGGAACGGUGCCUAUCAAAAGAGUUAACAAGGAUGAUCGGAAUCAAAUAAAGAGUUCCACAAAAGAUUAUUUAUGGAGGAGGAAUCCAAACUCUAUACAACCCGAACAUGGACAUCAUGUAAAUUUUUUUGUUAUUAGAAUUAAAAGUGUUGAUUUUUCGUUUUGGAAUUUAUGCAUAAAUUUUGCCAUUGUUCAAACUAAUUCUGAUCCGAGUACUACAAAAUGUUAUGGGGCAACCGGCAUAUUCAAUGACUAUCGUUUAUCUAUUAGAGCAUCUCAGUACUCUUCUGGAGAAAUGAUAUUUCAGAAUGGAAAUGACAUGAUAAAAGUUGGUUGGACAGCUGGCCAGUAUAAUUGUUUCAAUACAUUAUGUCCUGGUUUUGUCAGCACUAAUAAAGAUAUACCAAUUGAUAGUGAACUUGUUCCUAGCUCAAAAAGAGGAGGGAUUCAAAGAAGCAUAAGUUUAUUCGUUUAUCAGGAUGUUGAGAACAAGAAUUGGUGGCUUGAACUAUGUGGUAUAGUCGUUGGAUUUUGGCCGCACCAAAUAUUCACGGCAAUGCAAGAUGCAGCUACUUAUGUUGCAGUUGGUGGGGAAGCAUAUGGCCCACCUGGUCAACCUCUUCCACCCAUGGGAAAUGGUUACUACCCCUCUGAGGAGUUAGUACUAACUGCAUAUUGUCGUAACUUUACAAUUUUAGAUGCAAAUCGACAAUAUAUUAAUCCUCAACAAAUUGAAAGAUUUGCACCUGAAUGGCGUUUUGGUGUCUAUAAUAUGGGAAUAUAUAAAAAUAGAGGACGAACGAUAUGCUACGGUGGAACUACUCUUUAA